GUGAGAGGGACAGACAGACAGAUACAAACAUACUUAACAGACAGACAGACAGACAGAUAACCUAAAGGAUUCUAUAUAACAAGGGAUAGCUGAUAUUAAUUUCCAUCGACCGCUAACUGUACUCCUGAUCCACCUUCCACCGACCAACAUCCCUCUCCCGGCUAAACAUUGACCAGUCCCUAUAACAGCCGCGUUAACGUGAGUCACAAACUGAUGUGAUUCGUUGAAGUACUUCCAUACAGCCACACACACAAGGUGCUUAUAAAUCAGCCAUACUGUAAUUUAUAUAUACACUACACAAUACUGUGCAUUCAGUUUCCUCAAGGGAUGAAAUAAUCAAAUUACAACGGACGUAUGCUGGAUAUUGUUUGGAAUAUGUUGUGGAUUCAUGCAAUUUUAGCUCAAAUAUGAUAUGGAUUACGUAAGACGACUAUAAAAGAGAAAAUGGGAGGAAUACUGGGUAUAAACAAGAAUUUGAGUGACUUCCAGAAAAAGAAAUUGUUACACGAGUAUUACACGUUCUUUGGAUACAUUGUAAAUCCUGAAUGCAAUGGAGAUUUUAAUAGAAAUGGAAGAUUAGAACAGAAAGAUUUCGAACUAGCACGUGAGAAAAUCUCUGAGAUGAGCGGGUGGAAAAAGGACUCUAAGAAGUACAAGGAGACGAAGGAGCUGUUCAUGGAGGUGUGGAGGAUGUUGUCAGACGAGGGCGACGAGAACAACGACGGCAUCAUCACAGAGGAAGAAUGGUUAAGAAUGUGGGAGAGGUUCAACAAGGACAGCUGUAAACAAUCAAAAACAGAAGAGGACCCGGCGAAGGUGAUACCCAACUGGCUGGAGCGAUACGUCGAAUUUAAAUUCAACCUUCUAGAUCGCACAGGUGACGGAGUGAUCGACAUAGACGAGUUUGAGUAUGUUCUAGGAGAUUUCGGGGUGUCGUGUAAAGAAGCUAGGACAGCUUUCGUCAUUAUUACCCAGAACAAUGAGAAGAAGAUCGACAUGGACUAUUUUAAAGAGUUAUCCGCCGAGUACUACAGGUCGAAUGACCCCGGCGCGUUGGGAAACUUCAUUACCGGAAAACUCGACUUCACGGAUGAAUAAACUAUAGUGUGCGACAAGACGAACGUUUCACCAAAAGACUAUAGUGCGUUACACCAAGAACAGCUCUCUCCAAAACACGACGAUAUUUAGUCGAAAACGAAUACGAAUAUCUUUAUUUGCAUCAUUUUGCAGCGUAUAUAUAUAACGUCGGACACAUAGACAAAACAUAAAAAUAAAUGCGUUAUAUUAUUAAUGCGCAUUCAUUUCAGAUAGAUAUUUCACUGAUAUGUUUUUUUAAUAAGGUUAUGCCAUAUGUCUUGUGCAUGCGGAGAAAUGACAUAUUGGUAACAACUCUAACUUAAAGAAGGUAUUGUUCAGAUAGGGAAACAUGGAAUGAAAUGUGUCUGAAACAAAAGAAAACAACAUCACAUUUUUUGUGGUUUAUUUGUGCAAUAAAACAGCAUAUUUGUCAAAUUGUCAGCAUAACGUACACUGGCAUGUCGAGGGACAAAAACAAAACAAAAACAAACAAGCUACAAACUACAUUAACAAACAAACGCUUUUUUUUCUUAUCUAAUCACCAAAUUAUGUCGUUUUGCUCUCUUUUUUUCUUCAAAUUAGAACAAAAUCCUCUUUCAGUUACAAUUGUUACAAAUAUGUCAUUUGUUCAUAUGCGUUAUGCAUGUACAUAUGAUAUGACACUUCUAUAAGAAGAUAUUCAGAGAGAUACUCAUUACGUUAUUUAUGCCUUUCAGUAUAUAAAGUGCACAUGUAAUAUAUAAUAUAUAAUAUCUUACAUUUUCAGUGCAAUCAAAGUAUGUGAUAUUUUUUAGAUCACAUACUUUAAGAAUUUGAUAACUUUGCAAAUUAGAUGUAAAUUAGUCGAGGUCUUGGCACUAGGUUUAUUGACAUUUAAGCAAACGUACUUGGGUGACACUCCAUGAUUGACGUAUGCAUUCAUAGUCAUCAAAUAAAGUCAUUUCAAAGGCAAUUUGACACAGAAAGCUGCCCAGCAUUCAGAAAACAAUAAACGUUAGGCAUAACUUUAUUUUGAUGUAAGGACAUCCAAAAUGACGUCAUUCGAGUUUAAAGUCAUUUCCAUUCAAAAAUACACCGCGCCACAUAUUCUU